AUGACGAGGGUGCGACUUCUCACCUUUGCAACCGCGGUGCUUCUAUCAGAGGUCUUCCCUCUGGUAGCUGCUCACGGCGACGAGCAUAAUGGCGGGUCCACGGACAUGGAUAUGCAUGAUGCCCCACCACCUCCAGCGGUAGACAACGGAGCUCCCCAGAGCUACUGGGGCUUGUCUGAGCACGCCUCGUUGAUGUACUGGCAUAUUGCACUUGAGGUGCUUGCGUGGGUCGUUGUCUUACCAGUUGGUGUGAUGCUCAGCAUCGCCCACUCGCGCUUGGCUAUCUCCGCACAAUUCGUCUUCCUCAUCGUUAAUGCCUUUGCGCUGCUUCUUGGCCUUGUUUAUAACCACCAGACACCUGAGCUGUAUGAGAACAAUGCGCACAGCAAGGUCGGUUGGAUCAUCACGUGGAUCGCCUCAGCCUGGGUCUUCAUGGCUUUGGUCCAGGUCUACACGGCGCGGGCGAAGCCCUACUCGCUGGAAGACCAUUCCGGUGAACCUCUGAACGCCGCGAACAUGGCCCGCUAUCACUGCGUACACUUUGGCGACAACCAAGACGUCUCGCCUGGAAGGUGGUCCAACGAUUCCGGCCAAGGUACCGAGCGCAAUUCCGCCUCUUUGUACGGCAACUCCAAUUCCACGUCUCCGAGCGUAGAAUCAGAGGAGCGACGGUUCAACAUGCCGCCGCGUAGAACUACACAUGAAGAACUCGACGAUGUCGAUCUUGAUGCUGAGAAGCGCGGCUUCCUUGAGAAUAAUGUCGUGGACAGGUUCUUCUCGCGCCAUGUUGCACGCUUUGCAGUCGGCAAGCCAUUGAAGAUUCUCAGGUUUCUGUACAUCAUCAUCGAUCGUACUAUCCUCGUUCAAGGUUUUGUCGCCAUCAUGUCCGGUACUGUCGUGUAUGGUGGUAUUGGACACGGUGGCGCCGUUUUCAAUGUCCUCGCGCACUACAUCAAGGGCGGAAUCUUUUUCGGAUACGGUCUGCUCACCUUGGGCCGCUGGAUGGGAGCGUUCGCCGACUUUGGAUGGGCAUGGAAUGUUAAGCCACCGAAGGAGGUCGUGGGUCGGCGUGCGGCUAUACCUUCCGCCGAAUUCACGGAAUCAUUCGUCAUUUGGCUGUACGGCUGCAUCAACGUCUUUCUGGAGCACUUAGCCGCAUGGGGAGGUGCAUGGACUGCGCAAGAUUUGGAACAUGUUUCGAUCUCAGUCAUGUUCUUUGGUGGUGGUUUGUUGGGCAUGAUCGUUGAGUCGUCGAGGAUGCGAGAGCUUUUGAACAGUGCUGUGCUCUCAGUGCAGCCGCCAUCGCAGUUCCACGAUGAGGUUUGGCAGCAACCACGUCAGUACCGGUUCUCGAUGAACCCUAUGCCCUGCCUCAUCAUCCUUCUGCUUGGCAAAAUGAUGAGCUCGCACCAUCAAGACUCGAUGCUAUCCACUAUGGUUCACUCGCAGUGGGGCUCCAUGUUUAUGGCCUUUGCGCUCUGCCGUGCACUCACCUAUAUUACUCUCUACAUUAGGCCACCGGUCUCUUACCUACCCUCGCGUCCGCCAACCGAGGUCAUCACCGCUUUCUGCCUCAUCGCGGGAGGCAUUACCUUCAUGGUCAGCAACAAGGACACCGUUGCCGCAUUAGAGUCCUACCAUCUCGACGCCAUGUUCACCUUCACUGUCACGAUGGGUCUCGUUGCGCUCCUGAUGGCCUGGACAGUUGUGGUCGUUGCCAUCAAGGGCUGGGCUACACGCAACGAGAGCGCGAGCCGCUUUGCCAAAGAAAACGCCGGCGUACUCGCCUGA